ACAUCACAUUAACAGACAUACACACAGUGCAUUUAGAUCGAUCUACACUGGUAAACGCGCACACACGCGCGCGCGCACGCUCCCUUCACCGCCCCCUUCUCUCUCCGUCUCUCUCUCCCUUCGUUCUCCUCUUCUUCAUCACUCUUGUUUUACGCGUGUGUGAAAUGUGAUGUGAUACACGGGCUGUAAUCGUCCCAAUGGCUCUCGUCGACCAUGGACGAUGAUUUUGUUUCGGUUUUUCCAUUCGCAUCACGGGAAUAUCGCUCCAGCGUCGACGCAGUCCAUGAGCACAAGGGGUUUUUCGCUUCCUAUGACUGCUGAAGGAUAUUUCUGCAUGUCGAGAGACUGAAGAGACACGGAGAACACGUUCAAUGCCGUUGGAACAUGUCAUAUGUUCCCUUUCAAGAUGCGAGGUAUGCUGCCCCCCCCUCCUUCCGACACCAGCCCUCCUUCGCUGCUGCUCCCUCCUACGAGCAACCCGACUGGAAUCCUCGUCUGUGUGUGAUCAGUGGAAAUCAGCUCUACAUGUUGGACCAGGAGGAGGUUCACCCUUUGUUGAUGCGCGAGCAGCGCUCGGAGUCGCACAGGAACAAGCUGCUGCGACGGACGGUCAGCGUGCCUGUGGAGGGGAGGCACCAUCCUGAAAUGGACCAGGCUCGGCUCCGGCGGAAGAGCAUCGCCACCGGGAAGCAGCCAAGCAUGGAGAUCCCACCCACUGCCCCCCCACAACCCUUCCGACAAUCCAGUUUCCUCAGUAGAAGACUGAAGGGGUCCAUUAAACGGGCCAAGAGUCAGCCCAAACUGGACCGAACCAGCAGCUUCCGCCACAUGAUCCUCCCUCGUUUCCGCAGCGCCGACCAAGACCGGACUCGUCUGAUGCAGAGCUUCAAAGAAUCACACUCCCAUGAGUCUUUGCUGUCUCCCAGCAGCGCAGCUGAGGCCUUGGAUUUGACACUUGAUGAAGAUGCGAUCAUCAAGCCUGUUCACUCCAGUAUUCUGGGACAGGAGUACUGCUUUGAGGUGAUAACUGCUUCAGGAACAAAGUGUUUUGCCUGUCGGUCGGCUGCGGAGCGAGACAAAUGGAUAGAGAAUCUGCAGAGAGCUGUCAAACCAAACAAAGACAACAGUCGACGCGUCGACAACGUUCUGAAGCUGUGGAUCAUCGAGGCCCGUGAACUCCCACCCAAAAAGCGCUAUUAUUGUGAACUGUGCUUGGAUGACAUGCUUUACGCCCGCACCACCAGCAAACCCCGAACCGAUACUGUCUUCUGGGGUGAGCACUUUGAGUUCAACAACCUGCCAGCUGUCCGCAACCUCCGCCUUCACCUUUACAAAGAGACGGACAAGAAAAGACGCAAGGAGAAGAGCACAUACCUGGGCUUGGUCAGCAUUCCCAUUUCCAGCAUCACUGGUCGUCAGUUUGUGGAGCAAUGGUACCCCGUCAUUCAGCCCAGCGCCCUGGCCAAGGGUGGCGGUGUUGGAGGGGGCAAAAUCAUCAACGCCUCCCUGCGGCUUAAGUCGCGCUUUCAGACCAUGAGCAUCCUGCCUAUGGAGCUGUAUAAAGAGUUUGCAGAGUAUGUGACCAACAACUACCGAACGCUGUGCGCCGUUCUGGAGCCGCUGCUGAGUGUCAAGAGCAAAGAGGAAGUGGCCUGUGCUCUGGUGCACAUCCUGCAGAGCACAGGGAAGGCCAAGGAUUUUCUUUCAGACAUGGCGAUGUGUGAGGUGGACCGAUUUAUCGAUCGAGAGCACCUGAUCUUCAGAGAGAACACCCUGGCCACCAAAGCCAUAGAAGAGUACCUCAAACUGAUCGGACAUAAGUACCUCAAAGAUGUUUUAGGUGAUUUUAUCCGCGCGCUGUAUGAGUCAGAGGAGAACUGUGAAGUCGACCCAAUGAGGACUCCACCUUCUGUGCUGCCCGAACAUCAAGCCAACCUCCGGAUGUGCUGUGAGCUCGCACUCUGCAAAAUCGUCAACUCUCAUUGUGCGUUUCCAAGAGAACUGAAAGAGGUGUUUGCAUCCUGGCGUGUUCGAUGUGCUGAGAGGGGAAGAGAGGACAUUGCAGAUCGACUGAUCAGUGGUUCCCUCUUCCUGCGCUUCCUGUGUCCAGCCGUCAUGUCGCCAUCCUUAUUCAACCUCACGCAGGAGUACCCCGAUGAGCAGACUUCACGCACACUCACCCUCAUAGCCAAAGUUGUGCAGAACCUUGCAAACUUCUCAAAGUUUGGCAAUAAGGAGGAAUACAUGUGCUUUAUGAAUGAGUUUUUAGAGAUGGAGUGGGGCUCCAUGCAGCAGUUCCUGUACGAGAUCUCCAAUCUCGACAGUGUGAGCAACGCAGUUGCUUUUGAGGGCUACAUCGACUUGGGAAGGGAGCUCUCGAUCCUCCACAGUCUUUUGUGGGAAGUCAUGGCACAACUAAGCAAGGAUGCUAUCAUCAAACUCGGACCAUUGCCCCGACUUCUGAAUGACAUCAGCAUGGCCCUUCGUAACCCUCACCUCCAGCGACAGCCCAGUCAUCAGACGGACAGACCGCCUCCAGAGAGACAGACAGACAGGCUGCUCUCCAGGCCCAGCUUCAACAGGGGUGUCUCGUCUGAGUUCCAGAACCUCAUGAUGAGGGACCUCAACAGUUCAGUCGAGAUCACUCGCCUGCCUUCUCCAACCUCUGCCAUGUCCAGUGGUGGCGCCCCUCCGUCCCGGCCCGGAAUGGCGGGGUUUGCGGACCGCGAUCAUCCUCACCGAGCCUCAUCUAAAGAAGUUUUCUAUGUCGCCCGUCCCCCAUUGGCCCGCUCCAGUCCAGCGUACUGUACUAGCAGUUCUGAUAUUACUGAUCCAGACCCAAAGGACUCAAGAAUGAACAGCGUCUCUAACCUGCAGUCUAUGGGGGACAUGCUCAACUCUUCCCAGGCCUCGAUUGCUGGCCUCGGCAGCUACGGUGGGCUCGCGGGCUUGGGAGGAGGCCUCGGAGGCCAGCUGCGCGCUGGUGGGCGUAUGUCGGCCGGAUCUGGGGGUUCCAGCAUGUCCGGGGGUCUUAGAUUGAACCAGCUGAGCCAGAUGGGAGCUACCACUGACUCGCUGUCCCAGCAGCAACAGCAGCAAGCCGCCGCCCUCCGCUACCCCCUCUCCUUCCAGAACCCUCUGUUCCACCUGGCUGCUGAUGGCCCUCAGCUUCACCACCAGCACAGUCGAGCUCAACCUCCUCCUCCUCUUCUGCUGGCCCCGGAGCCGGAUGGCUCUCACCCCACUUACAUCCCGCAGUUCGCUCACGGCGGCUUCUCUCGCAGCGAGGACCUCUCCACCCUCAGACCCGGCCCUCAUCUGGGUCAGCCGAGUAUUAUUCACUCCCACAGCUACAGCGAUGACUACAGCCGCCAUAACCAGAGUGAAUACAGCCGACGCCAGCUCUCCAUGCACAUGCAGGAGCAGCAGCAGAUGGCAGGCAUGGCAUCUCAGACCGGCACAUCUCAUUCAUCGCUCGCCACGCCUCCUUCCACCGUUCAGCCUGUCCGUCAAAGCUCCAUGGCUCCUCCCACACAGCGCAUGACAUCGCAACCCUCGCAUCAGCUUUCCGUGAGUUCUGCUGCCGCUGCCGCUCCUGCAGGCAAAACCAGGCCGCAGAGCGGAAACCUGCUCCAGUCCCCGGAGUCCGGCUUCGGGGGCCGGCAGCAGGGCCCUCGGCAGCAGCUGUCCGUCAAAGACAGCACCCCGCCUGGCCUGCCGCAUCAGCAGAGCUCCACCAGAGAGAGCCAGGGAUCACAAGGCUCUCAGGGCGGAACGCCGCAGUCCACACAGCAAUCCAAAUCACAUCAGGAACGCCAGCAGAUCCAGCAACAGCAUCUGCUCAAGCCUACCAUGAGCAAACAGGGCUCUUCCCAAUCUCCAUCCACUCUCAACCCCACGACCCCUGCCUCUGAGCGAACGGUCGCCUGGGUGUCCAACAUGCCCCAUCUUUCUGCUGACAUAGAGAGUUCCCGCAUCGACCGAGAGGAAUACAAACUCAAGGAGUAUUCAAAGAGCAUGGACGAGUCACGGCUGGACAGGGUGCGUGAAUACGAGGAGGAGAUCAACUCUUUGAAGGAGCGUCUGAUGAUGUCUCACCGCAAGCUGGAGGAGUACGAGAGGAGGCUGUUAACUCAGGAGCAGCAGACCAAUAAAAUCCUGCUGCAGUAUCAGAGCCGACUGGAGAACAGCGAGAGGAGACUGAGACAGCAGCAGAUGGAGAAAGACAACCAAAUUAAAGGAAUUAUUGACAGACUCAUGGCUGUGGAAGACGAGCUGAGGGGAGGGGUGAUGCCUGAGCAAAAACCCAGGAUGUUCGCAGACCAGGAAAAGCAGCUUUCCGCCUUGGGUUCAGCAGACCCCGGUGUGAGUUUUGGAGGAGAAUUGACCAGCGCUCCUGGCGUUGUCGGAGUCUCCCAAUCGGACAAAUCCUCCACCCGAUCCCCCCUGAACGGAAUCUUGUCCUUCCCGUUAGCCUCCCCUCCUCAUUCCCGUCCUCACGCACAACUCUGGCCGAACGGAGAACUGUCCGGCAACCAAAAAUCAGCAACGGCAUCGAGGGCGAGUUCGGAGGGGGAGCAGGUCAAUAACAACGCUGACCAAAUCCGAGAAAAUUUUUAGGAAUUCCGAAGAAAAACUCACUUCCUUUGUCAUCCACAUUGAAGGAUGAAGCUUCAGCGGUUGUUUUAUUUUGUGCAUUAGACUGAGGACAAGUGGGAGGCAGGACACACCAUUGCUUGCACCAUCCAAAACAAAAGGGCUCUCCAUUGGAUCCAAUAAGUUAUUCCAAAAUCACAUUUUCUUUGGAUCAAAUUUAAAAGCCCCUUGCACAUACAGUACCUCUGCCACCACAAGUCAUCCAAACCACUGGAAAGUACUCGGUUCAGGUUCCAGGUUUUUUGACUGAGCUCCCUCGUAUUGUGUCAAAAAUUCCAAGAAGCUGGGAACGACCCCAGGAACGGUGGGCAAACAAACUAUACGUACGUUUCGAAGUGUAUAGAGGUCGAAAUUUGACUCACGAACACAUGCCAGCUUUGUCUUGGGGAUUCUGUCAUGUCGUCUGGCUUCCCUAGUGCCUUUCUGUAUCUCCUGACAGGGUUUUCAAACGAACGCGAGAAUAACGACAGCAGAAUUACAGGAAUGGUUGUGCAAACGCCGCUCUCUUCUCGAGAUUGCUCACUUAGGAGAGAUUGAUGUGUUCUUCUGCCUCAAUGUAAUGCUGAAAAUGUCAAGCUUUGGAAUCCGACAGUGGCUCGGGUUUUUUGUGGACAAUGUCUGGAAAGUGCUUGUGGUCUUUGAAUUGCCUCACUAGACUGAACUUGUGCAAUGUUUUCUCUUCUCAAUCUCAGAACCUAUGUGUAUUUAACUGGUGCUAUGGAUUCUCAAAGCAUUGCUCUGUGUCACAUCACCGCUUCCCAUUCUGUCAUCGUCCUAACUGUUCAUAUGUGUCUUCGUCCUCCCAUUUAUCUCCUUACAGGCCGAUUUCUUUCAGUGUGUGUCUGCAACGUGAGGUGAGCGCGAGGUGAUCUCUGUCAGGUCAAAAACCUUUGGUCUUUUUACUAAAACAAGAUGCUAGGUCAGAAUGCAGUUGUGGUCGUAAGGUUUUUUUUUUUUUUAUACAGAAACGUUUUCCUUAAAAUGGACGUGAUGUGAAGUGAGCUGAUAUUUCAAAUAAGCAGAACUUUUUUGUGUUUUUUGGUCUUAAAGUCAACAUGAAAGUCAACUUCAAAGCAACCAAUUUUCCCUCCAUAAUGUGACAUUUUUGAGUAAAAUGGGAAGAAUAGACUUUAUUUUUUUAGUUUUAGGAAUUCAUUGGAUUGUAAAAAUGGGUGUUAUAUACUAGAAUGUGGUCUGGUAGCUAAACAACAAAAGGGAUUUGUAAAAGUAUUUUGUUAAAAGAUAAUGAAAACAACCCUGUUUUUAUAUAGAAUAGCAUGCACCAAAUAAGCAUCAAUAAGACGACUAAGAAUGUACAAAGUAUGACUCACACCAAAUAAUCAUUACAUUUGCAUUCAUGGAAUUGGCAGAUGCUUUUAUGCAAAGCAACUUACAUUUAAGGUUUACAUUUUAUCAGUUCACACAUUCUCUGGGAAUCAAACCCAUGAUCUACUGUUUAAGCUCUGCUACGAAAUUGCGAAUAAUAAGUUAAAAGUAAACAGGGUCCGUUUUGUUUUCAUGUUGACUUUAAAGUUGCUCAAGCAUCUCUAAAGUAGUUUUCGGUGGUGUUGAAUGGUCAUUUUAGGGAAGAUCUUGUUAGAUAACAGACUUGGUUUGUAAAAUAAUCAGAUCUUAUGUACUGUACAGAAAUAUUGCUAGCUAUAAUUCCUCAUUUGAGUAACACUGCCAUCUGAAACUGAUUGUAUUCCUCAUCGUUCACUACAGUUUUUGUUUUAUUGUUUGUUUUACGAUUAAUCGGUUCAUUGUCAUGUUUCUACAGACUCAAGACAUUCACGUGGCUUCGCUGAUACCAGUCAUUCAUUUGUAACCCAAUUCAUUGUUGAUUGCCUUGUUGUCGCAUUGUAAAAUACUCAAGUUCGGUAUGUAACACAGCUAAACCAAUACAGCUGGCCUAGAUGAGAGCAAGGAGAUUUAAGUCGUAACUGCACAAUAAAAACACUGAGCUGUACUGUAAUAUUUAUAGAUUGGGAAGGCACUAGAGAGGAGAAUGGACUGAUUGCCAUUUUAGCUUUUAAGAGCUUCGAGGGCUAUCUUUAAGUGACUUCUACUCCAUUUAGUAAUAAUAAACAGGCAAUUUUGUUUAUGUCCCAAAAGCGGUUGAGAAAAAGUGGGAUAACAGGGUUAUCAGCUGAUAAAUGUGCCAUGACAUGAAUAUACCUCAGACGUAGAAUCGAAUGACUCAGGUAAACUUUCAAUUGCCUCACAGUUUAACGCAAACUGGAUAGAAAAAAAAUAAUUUUAAGUUAAACUGCCUGUUUUGGCAGUUAGUCCAUUUCUUCUCUGAGAUUAGUAGCAGUGAUUGGUCAGCGGCUCAUCAAGCACCUCCUCUUUUCCCUGCAUCUCCAGCCAAUCACAAAGCUUCGUGGAGGACAAUCUGGAACCUAAUUGGAGGCCUCACCUUGGACAUUCUUCAGGUUGGCCAGGUUUUAAUUCCAGGGCGCUGUCACGCGAUUCGGUUGGUUGACAGAGGAGAAACUGAGGCUUUGACCCAGUGCCAGAGCCGAUCCAAAGAAAAAAUAUAGGUUCCCUUCCUCUGACGUACCCUCUCUCUGAUACAAUUCGAUAUGAUGACCGUUUGGGAUGCUUAACGUCUGUCAGACGUCUUCUGCGUGCCUCUUGACGUCGCAUGCAGCGCAGUGGUUCGUUGAGAGAGCUGGAGAGGUUCUUAGGAUCAGAUCAAUCUCAAAGGUGCUGUUUUUUAGGUUCUUUACUAACUACAUGUAGGAUAUUGAACAAUCCUCUACUUCUUCUCAUUAUGAUCUUCAAUGCCACAUUAGCUCUGCCUGUCAUGCCUGCCAGUGUCUCAAUCAUGUCUUUUAUUUUGGGGAAACUGAAUAUGCACAGCCUUUUCUUUUUUUUUCUCAAGAGACGCUGAUUUGUCCUUCAGCGGAUUUGAUAAGAGGCUGGAAAUAUCCGAACUUUUGUUUCCUGGUGGUUUUCUACUUUUUGACUGGACCUCCCCCAGAUGAGAUCACGUAUUUACAUGCUGGUAAUGUGAGACAAGAACUUAAAAAGUCUGAAAAUAAUCCUUUUUUUUUUUUUUGAUCCGUGAAUUUAUGUGACAAUCUCUUUGCAAAGCAAAAUCGACAUCCUGUUAUUUUACCUGCUCCCCCUUCCCGCACUUUGCUAUGUCCCGGAUCCCCACCGACUCCUUUGUAUGUGAAAGAAAGAUGGAUUCUUUUACUUUUUAAUUCUCUUUGGUUUUGCUGUGGAAUUCUUGAUUUUAUGGACGACACCGUUUGGAUGUGGAAUCCUCUUAUUUAGAAAUUUGGCAGUCGCACGUUUGUAGGAUCGUGGGUAGUUUUGCGAAGCCAAGUUGCUGUUUUAAAUUUAACUUUAUUUCUUUGUUUGGAUGCCAUUGCCAGGCAACACAGACAUUUCUCUGCUUCCUUUUUACACCACUAGACAAAAAUAUAAAUGUUGAGAGAUCAUGCAGGUCAAAUAAUGUUGUGGGUGGCUGUGUGUAUAUAGAGUGUGUGUACAGUCUUUAUGUAUAUACUGGAUGUAUGGAUGGUUAUAUAAUAUAAAUAUAAAUAUAUAUAUAUAUAUAUACAUGUAUUUUGUACAUAAGAUAUGUUUGUAUAUGCAGUGUACAGAAUGUGUUCUUUUACACCAAUUUGUCUUUUUCUCGAUAUGUGGAAAAAGAAAAAGCAUAACAGAACUUUGUGGGAAUGAAAACUCACGUUGGCGACUCGUCGGUAGAGUUAUUCGAAGCACUUUUCGCUCAGGCUGAUUGUACGCAGUCUGAAACCUACAAUGCAUCGCCGUGAGUCCACCACGCGUUUUGCCAGUCCGAAGCUUGCACUCAUUUUCUCACUGAUUGAGGUGUUUUGUAAAAGAUUCUGGGUGACAAAGCAAUGCUUGUACAUAAAUAUAUAGGCAUAAUACCUACCAUAUGUUUGCAUAUAUCAGCUUUUCCAGACAUGAGUCACCUGCUAAUCUUUGCAGCUUUUGCAUCUCCACUUGCUUUUCAAUGAGGUGCCGUGCGGUUUUUUUGGAUCGCUGUAGAAGGUCGAUCUCGUGAGAAGACGUCCCCAUUUUACUCUGCUGAUCUUUUGUAUGGCCUGAUGCUUUAUUCGCUCAUUACUUGCCUAGCAACUCUUCCAUGCAAGUAAUCGCUUCUUUGUCCCCUGUAAAUGAAUGGAGUUCCCAUGAUGUGCCUCUUUCUAAUAAACUUCAGUUGGUCUCUGUCAGCCAUAAGCCAAUCACAGUCAUCUUUCUUGACAAGCCAUAAGCCCCGCCCCUAAAUUUCCAUUUUUGAAAAGGGCAGACACUUGGGAAUUUUAUUUCUUUUUGUAUAUAUUAUAUUAAUAGAAAGAGUGGUAUGUCAGAGUGUAUUGCCGAUGUUUUUGGAUUUGUUAUGAAUGUUGAUAUUCUGGUUAUUGAAUUAUGAUUAUUAUCGUAAUAAUAUAAUGACUGCUGUUAUCAUUUCAUCAUUCUUUAGUUUAUUCAAUACUGUUAAAGACUUUCAUUUCUUUUUGAAUAAAUUGGAAUUUAUAUUUUUCGGGUGGGCUAAUUAUAGAAAUGAAAUCAAUUAAACAGAUGAAUAAAGAAAUAA